CUAUUUUAAACUAAUCUCUCACUCCUUGGAAUUGACCAAACUUGCAAGUUUUCUUUACCUGUUGAUUUAUCACUUUAGCAAAAUGCUCCCAGGUAACCUUUUUAUGGCUUUGGCCUGUGCUAUUUCGGUUAACGCCAUGCCCCCUUCUCACAAACCUUGUCGUUGCCCUGCUGUUCGCGCCACCGGUCACCCCGCCGGUCACAACGUUGGUCAUAGCGCCGGUUAUAGAGGCCGUUCACUUGUUCCGAGGAAUGACCCCAAAAAGAAGGACGAUGAUAGUAGUGGCGGUGAGGAUAGCGACGACCCACCUUCUAGCAGCGAUGACGACAGCGGGGAUAGCAGCAGCGAUUCCGAGAACGAAGCCCCGGGAGGCUACGAUUGCGGCUGGUGCGAGAACUUAAGUUCACAAGUUUGCAGAUAUGGUUACUGCGGAGUUAGGAACUACCAUUACGGACCACGUUAACUUGUGGGACUGCCGUAUUUAAAUUAAACCCUGUUAUUUCCACCCAUUGUUAAUAUUAACGUGGUUCAUCAGGACCCCGGACAUAUCAGGACCCCGGACACUUUUCCUGCACAAUACUACUUCCAAUUUCAAUUGCAACGCCAGCGUUGUUCAAUUUACCUCAAUGCAAUCGGAUAUAUGUACAUCAGACAUUUCUGCAUCCUCCUGACAGGUGCGUGCAUUAUGUCCAGGUUUACCGCAGUUGCCGCAACGUCGUUUAGUCGCCGGCUGCGCACUACUCCCCUCCCCAUUUUCAUCUUUCUUUUCGUAUAUUAGACCAUCGGCACCAUUUGAUUGAAGCAAAUUCUGACCCUCUUGUAUGGUAAAUGACCCUCCUUCGCGGAUACGUGUUUUUUGAGCCCUGCGCCGCUUGCUAAGCGCU